GACCCUCCGCUCUCACACUCUCUCACCCUCUCCUUCCUCGCUCUCUCUCUCCCUCAAUCUCCUUACCCUUCCGCCUACUCCCCCCCGUUCGCCUUCUUGCCUUCUCCCAGCCUUCGUCUCCCACAUCACUCGUUUCCGCCAUUUCUUUUCAAGUCGAUUGAAACCAAGGAUUACCAAAAAGCCGGAACCGUACCAUGGCUCCACUCAACCCUCUGCUCCUCGAGCUGCCACUGCACCUGGCGGUGUUUGGCUUUGCUACGGCCCUGAUGGGCCUCACGGGCUCUCACAUCCACCAGCUUGGCGCUAUUGUGGACAAGAUGCAGCACCAGAGCUCAUACCCGGACUUUGUCAAUCUUGACACCCAAAUGAUACGCAAUGUCGACUUAGCCAUGCUCGUCAUUGGAUGCGUCCAGUGGGUCUUUAGCGGCUUUGCACUUCUCAUGGCCUGCAACCAGUUCAAGAAGCGGAGGGGAGAGUACUCCGGAAAGGGUACUGGCGCCUGGCUGGUCGUUGGCCUCGGCCAGCUCCUUCUCUUGGGCGCGUGGACGGGUGUUGUGGCAGCAUACACGGCCUACACGGUCAUGAAGACGUACAACUUCAGGGAGGGCUCGGGCUACUCGGAGCCAUUUGACAGCAACCACGCCAUUUACCUCUUCCAGAUCAAUUCCUACAUCCAACAGCAAUCGACGGAGAGCCUCAUCAUUGGCCAGAACCCCGGAGCGACGGGCAUCACCUUCUCCCUUGGCGAGUGGGACGUUUCGACGCUGGCCGAGGCCAAUGCGAUUCUCAACAAGCAGAAUUACCUCAACAUCUUCUCGUGGAAGGCCGCCGUCGCCGUGGGCUGGUUCGAGCUUGGCACCACCUUCCUUGUCACCGUCGUCCACUUUGCCCUUCCAUUCGUCUGGAAGCGCAUGGGCCUGAUCCGACAGCCAAAGAAGACGAGCCAAGAGUACUACUAGUCGCCAUUUCUUCUUUU